UGCUGAGUUAAGAUGGCUAUCAUACGGUGUCGUGAUAAUAAGCUGCAACAUCUGUAAUCCUGUUCAGGGGUGGCCAUUUAAGGUGAGUACACAGGACUACAAAUACCAGAAUUCAUUGUGCAAGAUUUAAAAAACAAACCAACCCAUUUGUCAACGCCCAUUUCCUUAAAAACUGGUUUGACUUGCGAAGCUUCAGAUACAAGUUUCUUUGUUGCUGAGCCGAAUAAAAUGUUUUUGGAUUCCACCAGACUAAAAAUGUAUUAUGAGGACCUCAUUAAAAGUGGUCUUCAACUUCAAAAGAAAAAUAAUAAGGCAAGUUUUCAGUGGGAGCUCAUUCUUACAAAUAUGACGGACCACUGUUACAUGCCCCCCGGUGCAAUGCUGGGGAACAGCAUCAUUAUUAAUACCACUGUGCAAGAUUGCCUUCUAACUGGUCUGCACAUAAUUCACAUAUUACCAGAUAUCUGGGAUAUCAUGAGUGUUGAUCCUUUUUUUAACGCCAUAUUUAAUUUUUUAAACUUACAAAAAUUUAAUGAGGCUAAAAUUUUAUGGACUCUAAAAUUACAAAUUGAUAUUGGCAAAAAUUGUUUUGAGAAUGAUUUUAUUCAAGUACAUUGUAAUAUAAAAGACCACCUUGCAAAUUUUAAUGGCAUAAAAUGUUCCCCUCAAUUAUCUGAUGGUCAAUGGAGUGGAUCUGAAGAAAAAGUAUACAGAACAACUAUGAGGCCAUUUGAAGAGUUUGGAUAUGCUAUAGCAUUUGGGAAAACAUGCAUUCAUCCGACCCUUGUAUUGGUACAUAUUAUUAAACAAGAAUCAUUGAAAUAUUUUCCUAUAUUUAUUACAGAUGAUUAUGGCAGAGAUUAUGCACUUCAGUUUUUGAUUAUGGAAGUUGUGCAACCCGAGGGCAGUCAAGUGGCUCUGUGUGCACACUUCAGUGGAAGCUGGUUUCUAUUUGGCCUUCCUCAUUCACCAACAUUUAUGCCCACUGAUCUUCAGCAACUGAAAGGAAACGACUGUUAUUACCCUGUCCUGUGUGCUUAUACUCGAAAGUUGCCAAAUAAUGUUUAAAUCUUUUUUCAUAAAAUAAAGAGUGACUUUAAAUGCA